ACAACUUUUUUCCCCCCUCUGCUGUAGUAAUUUCAAAGGUGUAUAUCUUUUGUUUUGUUAUUUUUGAAUUUUUGGUUUCUUCUUGUUAUAAUUAUUGGAUUUCUGUUUCCUUUUAUUUUUGGGGGGAGUUUGUGACGGCGCUGUGGGGAAAAGCCUCCGUUCAAGCUCGUUAACAUUUCCGGACUGACCCUUUGAAUUCAACAUGAAUGUAAAUUUCACAUCUCCUGUACAUCAAAUGCCCGCUCAGAGGCCAACUUCAUUCUUUAUAGAAGACAUUUUGCUACAUAAACCAAAACCUCUCAGGGAGGUUUUUCCAUCGCCUUUUACAACCUCAUUGGCAUCGAGAGUGCCCCUUCUGGAGUACGGAUACCCGCUUAUGCCAACUCCAACGAUACUAGCACCUCAUCCGCAUCACCCUCUUCACAAACCAGACCAUCACCCUUACUUCUUAACAACGCCGGGAAUGCAGGUCCCGGCUCUUUUCCAGCACCAUCCCGAGUUACCCGGCAAACACUGUAGACGAAGAAAAGCCAGAACUGUGUUUUCGGACUCCCAGUUGUCCGGUUUGGAGAAACGCUUCGAAAUGCAGAGGUACCUCUCCACACCGGAAAGAGUAGAGCUGGCCACAGCUCUCAGUCUGUCAGAAACUCAAGUUAAAACUUGGUUCCAGAACAGGAGGAUGAAGCAUAAGAAACAGUUGAGAAAGUCCCAGGAUGAUCAGAAGAGUCCAAACGAUUUGGUCUUGAGCUCAAGUGAGACAGAGGGCAAUGAAAAAAUGUCCUCCGAGAUGAAGAGUGUAAACAGCCAGAGCUCGUACGUCCUCGAAGACAAUGAGGACGAGGUCGACAUCGAGGAUGACGAUAUUUGCUCCCCUGACCAAUUGCUAUGAGGCCCACCUUUCCCAGGAAACUCCCCUAUGGGCAUUUUCAGGCACGAACACAUGAAGGCAGCUCUUUAAAUUGCACUGGAUUUACAGUCUCAAACAACAGGAGCGAAAAAAAGUACUGAAAAAGAGAGACAGUAGGGAAAAUGCACAGCCAGAUGUAUUUGACACAUAGAGAGCUGCCCUCUUAAAACACUUUACGGCAUGCAUUUUAGACUUUGAAACCUACACUUGUUAAUUAUGCUUGUUAUCUACGAAAAGAAAAUAUCUAUGUAAAGUCGAUUAAUACUGACGGUGACAAUGUAUCAAAAAGCGCCGAAUUACUGCUUAGCCGUGAAGAGAUUUAUUUAAGCGCAUCACAACAAUCCAGUUCCUCGCUGGGCCAAACUCUUCCAGCGCUUUGAAAAGCCACAUCUGUUAGAAAAUUGCUUUUUUGGCAUGACUGUUUCUUUUCUUGUUCCCGUGAAGACAAUUUAAGACGUCUGAUCCAAAGAAAUAAGUUGUGAAAGGAAUCAAAGAGAUCGUCAUCUGCCCCGACUAACCACUUUGAAACGUAUGGUGUGUAUUAUGGAGGUGGUACUGAUUUUACUAGAUGACGUAAAGUGUUGUUUCGAAGGACUAUUUAUUUAAUUGUUUAUUUAUUUACUUAUUUAUGUUCGAGUUUGACAGAGGGAAAAACUCUUGUUAUUGUUGCUGUUCAGCAUUAAUAAAAUGAAAACCGGCCUUGUUUUUUGAAGAGGGCUAUUACUUUGGUUAGUGUAUGUACACUGAAGUCGUAAAAAGAAGUAUUUCCUCCUUCCCAUCCAACUUUGAUCGUUGUCAAAUCUGUCAAGACAAUCUGUGUAACACUUAACACUUUUGCAUAAAUAUAUCUAAAAAAUUAUAUUUAAGUAUUCAA